AUGGGUCUCAACAGCCCUAUCCCAGUCCGCCUUCAAGACGAAUCUCGCAAAGCUGCCAAGAUCCUGAGGAGCUUUGUGGAUGUCAACAACAAUGGACUUGACAAGGUCAUUCCUCGAACAGUGCUCGAACGAGCCGAAGGAUUCGCCAUCUUUACCGUAUUCAAAGCAGGCUUUUUGUUCUCUGCCCGAGCCGGUUCGGGAGUCGUAGUUGCCAAGCUUCCAGAUGGAUCUUGGUCACCACCGAGCGCCAUAGGUCUAGGCGGUUUGGGCUUUGGAGGCCAAGCCGGAGCUGAAGUCACAGACUUUUUGAUUGUGUUGAACUCGCACUCUGCUGUGGCGUCCUUCAUGUCGGCCGGAUCCUUGACUAUCGGCGGUAACCUCUCUGUGGCUGUGGGACCUCUAGGACGCAAUGCCGAGGGUUCCGGCGCGCUGAAUAGCAAAGGCAAACUCGCCGCCAUGUACUCCUACUCGAAAACCAAGGGCCUCUUUGGCGGUGUCUCCGUAGAAGGCUCAGUCAUUGUCGAACGCCAAGACGCAAACCGCAUGGCUUACGGCGGAAACGUCUCUUCCAAGCAAAUUCUCUCUGGUCACAUCUUGGACGGUAUAGACAUGCCCGAUUGGGCAUUUGUGUUGUUGGACCAGCUGGAAAAGUGUACAGCACUGCCAGGCGGACAAAAGUGGAUCAACAGGGACAAGGAAAAUGAGGAAGGUGGCGGGGGCAUGGGCUGGAGUACACCAGAAUCCGGGCGCGGGGGAGGAGGGUAUGCUUUCAGUGAAGGCUCAGCUGCUACCGGCAGCACCCCGCCUCCGAACCGCAGACGCGCCGGAAGUCUCUUUGGCAAAGACAAAGAACCCUCCCGCUCCGACUCUCCAUCCAGCAACCGCCGUGGCAGCAUCCUAAACCCUUUCAACAGCGGCACUUCCAGCCCCCGAAAAGGGUCCCUCGGCCCAGGUCAUACCAGCGAAGCAUACACUGCCGGGUUGACGUCAGACUCGCAAGGGCCGAUGGGCUUGGGUGUGGGACAUGGCUCAAAGCCGUCUGGAGGGAGGGCGAGGAGUGGGUCGUUACUGAAAGACGGCGAGGUUCCCGUGCCGUUCUCGUAUAUGAAGGAGAAGAAGGACAAAGAUUUGCUCGCAGACUGGGACUCUUCAUCCCACCAAAAGACACCUUCCAACGGCAGUUCUACCCAGCGCGACCUGCUAGGUCAAUGGGACAGCGACGGCAACGGUCUCAACGCCAGCUUUAGCCGCCUAUCCACCGACCCCCGCGCACGAUCCGACUCUCGCUCCAGACCACCAUUCGACAACAUCCUCGAACACCCCAAACCAUCCACUUCCACCUUUUACACCUCGGUAUCUGCUGAGCCAGAUUAUACGCCGAGAGAAAGUGUGUCAAGGUACGCGGGCAUGGAUCUGGCGGCGCUCGAGGCCCAGAGGGCCAAGCAGCAGGAUGAAAGGGCGAGGUACGGUUCACCGUCCAAGAAGAAUCGACCAUUCUCUUCAUACGUUGCUUCUGCUCCAAAAUCAUCCAGGAGCGAGUUUUCGCCCUUUGACGAUGACUCUACGGGCAGACUACGGUCCGACUCCUAUUCGAAACCGUUCGAAGACUAUCAAAAAUCUGCUAGAUCAAUCCCAUCACCGUGGAACUCUUCGCCUCAGAAACCAUCUAGCUCUUCUUCCCCCAAACCCGAGAUCCGUCUCAAGCAAGGGCUCGAUGAUCUCAACGACGGGUACGCCCGUGCUGUGGCUUUGUUUGACUUUAAGGCCGGUGCCGAUGGGGAUCUCGGGUUCAGCGCCGGGCAGGUCGUGAUUGUGACAGAUUCCGUGGGCGAGGGAGGACAAUGGUGGGAGGGGAGGCUAGCGAGCGAGGGCAACUAUGGUAGGAAGGGUAUAUUCCCUUCCACUUACGUUGAGGUGCUGGGUUUGCCGAAGGAUUUGAAGGGAGGCGUGACGAGGAGUGAAUUGAGGAAAAGGAUUGCUAGGGAUGAGUUUGACUAG